UCAGUGAGAGAUGGAUUCGCAGACGAAGGCUGAGCCGAUGCGCGUGCUCGUCACGGGCGGAUCAGGAUUGGUCGGGAAGGCCAUCGAGCACGUGGUGAAACAGGAAGGCGGCUGUCUCGAGGGCGAGCAGUGGACCUUCCUGUCCUCCAAGGAGGCCAACCUCGUAGAUCUACAACAGACAAGAGCAGUGUUUGAGAAGUAUCGGCCCACCCAUGUCAUCCACCUGGCUGCCAAGGUGGGAGGACUAUAUCUUCACAUGAAGGAGAACCUACACUUUCUGAGGGACAACCUUCGCAUCAAUGACAAUGUGCUGCAGACGUCUCACGAAAGGGGCGUCACCAAGGUGGUGUCCUGUCUGUCCAGCUGCAUCUUUCCUGACAAGACCACAUACCCUAUUGAUGAGAGCAUGAUCCACAAUGGGCCUCCACAUGACUCAAACUUUGGCUACUCACAUGCCAAAAGAAUGAUUGAUAUUCAGAACAGGGGAUACUUUGCGCAGCAUGGGCGUCGCUACACUGCCGUAAUCCCGACUAACGUGUAUGGUCCAUAUGACAACUUCAACUUUGAAAAUGGUCACGUGCUCUCAGUGCUCAUGCAUAAGACAUAUGCUGCUAAAAAGGAGGGAACCCCACUACAGGUGUGGGGCUCCGGAACACCCAGGAGACAAUUCAUCUACUCUCUGGAUGUAGCACGUCUGUUCCUCUGGGUGCUGCGGGAGUAUGAUGAGAUUGACCCCAUCAUUCUCUCUGUGGGGGAGGAGGAGGAGCUCCCCAUCAAGGACGCCGUACAGAUGAUUGCAGAUGCCCUGGACUUCAAAGGUCAAAUAGUUUUCGACACCAGCAAGUCAGACGGUCAGAUGAAGAAGACGGCCAGCAACGCCAAGCUGCGACGCUACCUCCCUGACUUCACCUUCACGCCGCUCUCUGAAGGUAUCAAGAAGACCUGUGAUUGGUUCGUGAACAAUUACGACAUAGCCCGAACAUGAAGACCAAUGAAGGUCGAGACAUGAAUAUUGUUUAAUGAAAAAGAUCAGGGCUACAUCCCAA